AAAGCACUGGCACUCAUAAAGGAUAAUGAGAUGCUAGACGACCGUCAGUAGUGCACUUGUUACUCGGGAUUGACACGGUGGACACGCGAUGGCCGACUCAUCAUACGAGAAAGGGUUGACCGAACUAUCGAAGAUGAAGGUAGCUGAUCUAAGAGCUGAAUUGAAACAACGAGGACUGUCUACUACAGGAAACAAAAAUGAAUUAGUAGAAAGACUUCAGCUAGCAAUUCAUGGAGAUUCUGCGUUAUCCUUGGAUGAAACUGCGGAAGAGAUUUUAGAUGAAGAUGAAGUACUUGGUGUAAGUGUAAUGAUUUUUGAAUUCAAUCAAUUACAGGAUGAAGAAAUAGAAGAGUUGUCCAAUAAGCCAGACUCACAAGAGAUCCCUGAGAAACGAAAAUUAUCCAUAGAAACCAAUAAUACCAAUGCGAAAAAGAUAGUGCUGAAUCGCAAACCUGUAUUGGAGGAAAUAAAGAAUGAUCAAGUGGAGAAAGAAAACAAAGGAGCAAAAGUACUCGAUGAUGCACCACCAGAGAAAAAGAUUAUCAAACUAUCGGAACUUAGUACGAAAGAGAGAUUGGAGAUGAGGGCUAAGAAGUUUGGAGUGCCAUUAUCCGAAGCGGCAAAGAAGGAGGCUAGAUUAGCCCGUUUUAAUAAUCAAAAUAACUCAGCUGCAUCCAUAAAGACGCCCGUACCUACUACAUUUGAAGUUCUGAAGAAACGUGCAGAAAGAUUUGGAACCUCAGUGUCUACCUUGAUGGAGAAGGCUGAAUUGGCUGAGCGAUUGGAAAAAAGAAAGGCCAGAUUUGGCGAAGUAAAACCCCCCGAGAGUAAAGUAUCUAAGAAUAAAAUUAAGAUUGUUAAAUGAUACUCGGUGUUAUAUACUAAAGCAACGAUUUAGAUUACAAAUCUUAAUUUAAGUUUUCUUAUUUUUUAAUAAAGCUAUUAAAUAUAUACAUGUACACACAACACAUACACAUACACACACACAAGAAUGACUUACUGAAAAUAAUGUACUCUUCAAAAUCAUCAUUUCAGUAUUAAAGCAUCCACACUUUUUUCUUUUUAUAUUAUUUUAUCACAUGCGAAUGUUGUAAUAAUGAGAAAAAGAAACAUCUUUUAGAAAUGUAAAUGUAUUACAGCAAUAAACUCGCAUAUACCAUGGUAUUUUAGUAAUUUAUAAUUAUUGAUAUGCAGAAUAAUUAUCUAAGAUGAUGAAAAAAAAUAUGUAAUGAUGUGUAUACACGAUAAAAAAAGUAAAUCGUCAC